AUGGCUUCUGGAAUUCCCUCUAAUGUGAAACCUCCACCAUCAGUUGUGCUUGCAGCUUCUGAAACAACACCUUCUGUAAAUCAGAAUGUCACUCGAUCUCCUACUAUGAAGCAUGCUGUAAAUAACUCUAUGAUUGUACCAGCACGGUCAGUUGGCGCCUUUGUGAACAAGGAUGCAUAUACUACCCAUAUGCAUCAGUUUCCUGAGAAACUUCCUGGCCAAGUUUCUUCCAACCAGAAAAAUCCCUGGAUAGCACCACAGCCCAAGUUUUUUCCAUCUCAGGAUCCUUCAACCCAACAGUUUGGUCAUGGGAUGGAUUUUUUGAAGAGACCCGGUGCAUUUACAAGUACAACCUUGUCAAAUACGUCACCAACUAUGCUAUUCCCUUCACCACUCCCAAGUAUUGCAAACUACCCUUUUCAUCCAGGUCACCCUUCUGCUUCAUCUCAAAUGAUGAUACCUCAUCCGAAUGUUGGUCCGUUUAUGUCAAGCAAACAGCCACCAUAUACCGAUCAAAUUUCUCAUGCUGACAUCUCAUCGGAUAAAAUACUGCCACCACAGAAUUUCAUCGGAACCGAGUUUAAAGCAGAGAUUCUGAAGGUUCGGCAUGAGUCUGUAAUGAAUGGCUUGUAUGCUGAUCUCCCUAGACAAUGCAGAACAUGUGGGCUGAGAUUCAGAAGGCAAGAGGAACACAGAAGUCACAUGGAUUGGCAUGUGAGCAAGAAUCGGAAGCGGAGAAUCUGUCGUGAAUGGUUUGUGAGGGAGAGGAUGUGGCUUGCUGGUGCAGAGACAGUGGGAAGAAAGUCAGUUGCAGCUUUUUUUCCGACAGAAAGAAAAGAAGAAACGAAAGAUGAACAAGAGUUGGGUGUGGUAGCAGAAGAGGAGCAGAGAAGAUGUGCAUUGUGUGAAGAGGGUUUUGAGGAGUUUUACAGUGAUGAAAUGGAGGAGUGGAUGUAUAGAGGAGCUGCAUACCUGUAUCAACCUACAGGAAAAUUAGCAACAAGCAUGGAGAGGUCACAGUUAGGUCCCAUAAUUCAUGCUAAAUGCAGAUCAGAACCUAAAAUGCCUCUCUCCCAACAUCUUCCAGAGGAAGAGGGUACCCCAAGUAAACGAAUGCGGAUUUGA